CUCCAGUGGUGGCGGUUGGUGGCGGUGGUGGGUCUGUCGGAGGGCGGGGACCGGCUCUCGCCAUGUUCAGCUGGAUGGGCAAAGACGCGCGUCGCAAGAAGGAGCCCGAGCUCUUCCAGACCGUCAGCGAUGGCCUCAAGCGGCUGUACUCGCAGAAGCUGCUGCCGCUGGAGGAGAGCUACCGCUUCCACGACUUCCACUCGCCCGCCCUGGAGGAGGCCGACUUCGACAACAAGCCGAUGGUGCUGCUGGUGGGACAGUACUCGACCGGCAAGACCACCUUCAUCCGGCACCUGAUCGAGCAGGACUUCCCCGGCAUGAGGAUCGGGCCCGAGCCCACCACCGACUCCUUCAUCGCCGUCAUGCACGGUGAGCAGGACGGGGUGGUGCCCGGCAACGCGCUGGUCGUCGACCCCAAGAAGCCCUUCAGGAAACUCAACGCCUUCGGCAACGCCUUCCUCAACAGGUUUAACUGUGCACAGCUCCCAAACCCAGUCCUGGAGAGUAUUAGCAUCAUUGAUACUCCUGGCAUCCUGUCUGGAGAGAAGCAGCGGAUCAGCCGAGGUUACGACUUUGCGGCGGUGUUGGAAUGGUUUGCCGAGCGGGUGGACAGGAUCAUCCUACUGUUUGAUGCCCACAAACUGGACAUCUCUGACGAGUUCUCGGAGGUCAUCAAGGCCAUGAAGAACCACGAGGACAAGAUCCGGGUGGUGCUCAACAAGGCCGACCAGAUCCACACGCAGCAGCUGAUGCGGGUCUACGGUGCCCUCAUGUGGUCACUCGGCAAGAUCAUCAACACGCCCGAGGUGAUCCGCGUCUACAUCGGCUCCUUCUGGUCCCAGCCCCUCCUCAUCGCCGAGAACCGCAAGCUGUUUGAGGCCGAGGAGCAGGACUUGUUCAGGGACAUCCAGAGUCUACCGAGGAAUGCAGCGCUGCGAAAACUCAACGACCUGAUCAAGAGAGCGCGCCUGGCCAAGGUUCAUGCCUACAUCAUUUCCUCGUUAAAGAAGGAGAUGCCGAGUGUGUUCGGGAAGGAGAACAAGAAGAAGGAACUCAUCAACAGCCUUGGAGACAUCUACCAGAAGAUCGAAAGGGAGCAUCAGAUCUCUCCGGGUGACUUCCCCAGUCUGAAGAAAAUGCAGGAGCACUUGCAGACGAUGGAUUUCACCAAAUUCCAGAGCCUCAAACCCAAACUAUUGGACAUGGUUGAUGACAUGCUGGCCAAUGACAUUGCCCGCCUGAUGACCAUGGUACGUCAGGAGGAGGCACAGAUGCCCAAGCAGAUUGUCCAUGGUGGUGCCUUUGAAGGUACAAUGAACGGGCCGUUUGGUGCUGGCUACGGUGAGGGCGCCGGCGAGGGUAUCGAUGAGGUGGAGUGGGUGGUGGGCCGUGACAAGCCCAUGUACGAUGAGAUCUUCUACACCCUGUCGCCAGUCAAUGGCAAGGUGACCGGUGCCAGUGCCAAGAAGGAGAUGGUCAAGUCCAAGCUGCCCAACACGGUGCUGGGCAAGAUCUGGAAGCUGGCUGAUGUGGACAAGGACGGCAUGCUGGAUGACGAAGAGUUUGCCCUGGCCAACCACCUCAUCAAGGUCAAGCUGGAAGGCCACGAACUGCCCAACGAACUGCCUGAGCAUUUGAUCCCGCCCUCCAAGCGGAGACACGAGUGACUUCCCCACCGCCCCCCCUCGGCCUGUCCUACUCCCCCUCCCACCACACCCCCCUCCCUUCACCUUCCCACAUCCAGUGGGACGCUAACCAAAGUGGUCAACGGCCAGUUGAUGUCCUUUUUGAUUUCACAUCCCACCUCCUCGGGUGCUUUGAUUCCUUUAAACCUUGGCUCAAGGUGCACCUUGCGGCUCUGUACUUGGCCACAGGUCGAGCCUAGGCCUUUGUGACCUGGAGAGGCGUGCUGUGGCCAGGCUCAGGUUGGCGCACUAACCCCUGGGAGCCAUUGAGGAUGUGCCCUUGUGGGCACCUUGAUUUGGAUCCUGUCGUACGCACCCAGCAAAUCACUGACUGACCCCCCCCCCCCCCCCCUGCUUUUGGACGCACAGCCACCCCUCUCUGUGCCACGUAGAGCUACCCACGGCCACUCUUUAUCGAUGGGCUAGCAUGCUGGGGGGCACUUGGCUCAUCACAGACCCUCACUCUGUUUUUAAACCCAAAGGCCUCGGACACUUUGAGCAUCAAUUCAACCACAUUUUACAAUCUUUUUUAAAAUAUGCACCUUUUUUGGGGGGCUUUUAAAUUCCAGGUUUUUUGGGGGGGGGGGGGUGGAGAAAGAGUUGGGGAAAAUAUUGGAACACAAUUUGCUACUUCAGGUCUUGCGGAGGGAUGUGUGGGGCUGGGAGCAAGGUGCUCUUUCUCUCAGCCUCUGGUCUGAGUGGCAUUUUCUUGAGGUGGGUGCAAUGUCGGGCCCUGCACCAGUCAGUCAGGCAAAAGCAUGGCGCUCCCAAGUGUCUCUUAACCCUCUGUCAGUGUCACCGAAUCGAUUAAUGGCUGGGAGUGGGAGUCCCCCCUCCACAGGGAUGUAAACGUUUGUGUGGAAGUGUACGGUUUCCCCCCCCCCCCCCCCAAAAAAUAUGACACCGUCUCCAACUGGAGAGCGAGUUGCCCCAAAGCAGACCCAGUCAUGUCCUCGGCUCCUUUCGGACCCUGGUUGAUUUGUGGUGGGGCCAGUCUCUUUCGCCAUAGAGGUCCUGCUAAUGAAAGCAUUUGAGCUGAUUUCUCUCUCUGGGCUGUACUAGAGUUUUCUGCACAUACCCGGGUGGGGUAGGGGAGCUUGUGGCUGUGGAGGGAGGGGUGAAUGUGAGGUGUGAGGGGAUAACUACUUCCCCAACGUCUUGCCUGUUCCUCCUCCUCCUCGCUUUGUACCUGUCUCUCGCUCUCAUCUGCUGUCUGUCAGUCUGUUCCGCUGACUCCGUCCUCCUUAACCGUCUGCUUACCCACCUCGCUCUGCCUUUCCAGGGCACCUCGGGAAGGAAUCAAAACUGUGGGGAUAACAAUAGCACGCCCUCAGUGUGCAAUCUCCAUAGUUUCCCACCCCAACCCCUUGUGGUAACACUGUGGCCCUUAGCUUUCAGCUCCUGAUGGACUGUGGGCGAGCGGAAGGGUACAAUCCAGAGACUGACUGGGAAUAGCCGUACCCUGGGGACUGAGGCAACCCACCAUCCCUCCCUCCAAUUGUCUUGUGUUCUGUGUCAUUGGCUCCCAGCAGCUCUUGUCAUCUCCACUGUAUGCUGUUGAAUUGUUGGAUCGAUGUACAAAUAAAGAUUUCAGUUUAAAACCAA